AGUCUCUCCGCUCGGCAGAGGACUGACGGACCGGAGCGGCGCUUGUAGGGGGCGCAGGUUAAAACUCCCGGUGUUCCCGCGGAGCUAUCCUCCCUCACACCCCAACAAUGGCAGCUGGGUUCUCCGUCUAACCGGUUCUUCCAGUACUUUACGCACGCGGAUCCAGGUAAACACCCCCUCCCUCUCGGUCCAAAGCCCCCCCAGCCUGCGGGACACCAUGGCGGGUGUGAACCGGGUCCACCUGAAGACUCCGGAGGACCUGGACUCUGGUUAUGGAGCUGAGGACUCCUGCAGGUCCGUCAGCCUGUCCUCCUCCCAGACCUUCAUGACGUGCCCCCCUCGGGGGAACUGGUGCCCCCCUCCCGGCUCCAUGAACAGCAGGAACAACAGCUGGGACACCGUCAACACCGCCCUCCCCGAAGACCCGGAGGACAUCUUCUCCCGCUGCGGCCGCCUGCCGGAGCUGGAGGAGUUCCCGUGGACGGAGGAGGAGGUGGCGGAGGCGCUCGGCAGAGUGGCCGCGGGCGGCGCGCGUGCGUUCUCCGCCGAGGCCGCGCGCCGGGUGUCCGGGCUGCUGCGCCGGGCUCUGCUGCGCGUGUCCCGGGAGGCGCAGCGCCUCAGCGUCGUGCACUGCCGCUGCACGCGCUUCGAGGUGCAGAGCGCCGCGCGCCUCGUGCUCAGCUGGGCGCUCGCGGACCGCUGCGUGUCCGCCGCGCUCCGCGCCUCCUCCACCUACAGCAUGAGCGCCGGGGAGCUGCUCCAGAAGGGCACAUCCGCGUGCUGCGGCCUCUCCUUUUCCGUGGGACGCUUCUUCCGCUGGAUGGUGGACACGCGCAUCGCCGUGCGCAUCCACGAGCACGCGGCCAUCUGCCUGACGGCGUGCAUGGAGACGCUGGUGGAGGAGGUCGGACUCCGGGUGCUCGUGGCAGAGAGGGGCCCGUCCGGGUCAGAGUCGGGGUCCGGGGGAGCAGCGGUCAGCGCGGAGGCCGUGGACGCGGCCGUGACCAACGACGCGGAGCUGUGGGGGCUCUUGCAGCCCUACGACCCCCUGAUCUGCGGGAAAACGGGCAACGGUGUUUUGUCUCUUCCCGCCCACUUCAGUCCAUACACGGAGGACCGGCGGGCGUCCGCCGACAGCCGGGAUGGCGCCUACGCCCAGCUGGAGCUGCGGACGCUGGAGCAGUCACUACUGGCGACCUGCGUGGGCAGCAUCUCUGAACUCAGUGACCUUGUGUCCCGGGCCAUGCACCACAUGCAGCGACUCAGCCUGGUCCGACCCGGGCUGAGUCCUGCUCGGCACGUACGCUCCCAUCAGCCGGUUUCCUGGUCUCCCGACGCUCUCCACACCCUCUACUACUUCCUGCGCUGCCCGCAAAUGGAGUCCAUGGAGAAUCCCAAUUUAGAUCCUCCACGCAUGGCUCUGAGCAGAGAGAGGCCGUUUCUACUGCUGCCGCCGCUGAUGGAGUGGAUGAGGGUGGGCGUCGUUCACGCAGAGCACCGCCGCAGUCCGCUGGUGGACAGCGACGACGUCCGGCAGACGGCCCGGCUCCUCCUUCCGGGACUGGACUGUGAACCGCGGCAGCUGAGGCCCGAGUGCUGCUUCAGCUCCUUCAAGCGCCUGGAGUCCAAAGCUGCAGCAGAAAAGUUCCACCUGGAUCUGGGCUUUCGGAUGCUCAACUGCGGCCGCACAGACCUGAUCGGCCACGCCAUCCGCUUGCUCGGGCCGGACGGGGUCAACAGUAUGGACGACCAGGGAAUGACGCCUCUGAUGUACGCCUGUGCAGCAGGAGACGAGGCCCUCGUCCAGAUGUUGAUUGAUGCGGGGGCCAACCUUGACAUGGCGGUCCCACCGUGCUCUGCAAAGUACCCCUCUGUGCACCCCCACAGCCGCCACUGGGCGGCCCUCACCUUUGCGGUGCUGCAUGGACACAUUUCCGUGGUGCAGCUCCUGUUGGAUGCAGGCGUCAAUGUGGAGGGGGCAUCCGUUCGUAACGGACAGGAGAGCACGGCGGACACGCCUUUGCAGCUGGCCGCAGCAGCAGGGAAUUAUGAGAUGGUCAGUUUGCUUCUUGCUCGUGGCGCUGAUCCGUUGUCAAAGAGCCAGGAUGGAAAUGCGCUGAGCUCCGCCCUGUACGAAGGCAUGAACUGCUUCAGCCACGCGGCUGCUCAUGGACACAGGAACGUGUUGAGGAAACUGCUGACUCAGCCCCAGAAAAUCAAAGAGGACGUCCUGUCUCUUGAGGAGAUCCUGGCUGAGGGGGUCCAGGACCGGGUCUCCAGCUCCGCCCACAGGCCUUCGUCCCAGCCCGAUGAGGACGUACCCAGACUCUGCAAGGCCCGGAUGAAGGCUCUGCAGGAGGCCAGCUACUACAGCGCGGAGCACGGAUACCUGGACGUCACCCUGGAGCUGCGAGCGAUGGGCGUUCCCUGGAAGCUGCAUGUGUGGCUGGAAUCUCUUCGCUGCGCUCAGCAGCGCUCCAGGUCAGAGGUCAUGCUGGCCCUGCUCAGAGAGUUCAGCACCAUCAGAGAGGAGGACUUCAGCCAGGAGCUGCUCACUGCAGGCUUACCCCUGAUGUUCAGCAUCCUACGGAGCACCAAGAGCGACGCCAUCGUCCAGCAGCUGGCAGCCAUUUUUAGCCGCUGUUAUGGCUCGGCUCCUCUUCCAGCCAUCCCGGAGAUGAAGGCGGCUCUUCCCGCUCAGUUAGACCCUCACUUCCUGAACAACCAGGAAAUGUCUGACGUGACUUUUAUUGUGGAGGGGAAACCGUUCUAUGGACACAAAGUGCUUCUGAUCACAGCUUCAGACAGGUUCAAAUCUCUGCUGUUGUCUUCUGAUCCGGAUGGAGACAUUCAGAUCAGUGACGUCAGGUAUCCCGUUUUCCAGAUGAUGAUGUCAUAUUUGUACUGCGGAGGAACGGAGUCUCUGAGGAUCGACAUGCCCGACAUGUUGGAGCUCCUCUCAGUUGCCAGUUGGUUCCAGCUGGGGGCGCUGCAGCGACACUGUGAAAUCAUCUGUUCUCAGCACAUUAACCUGGACAAUGCAGUCAUCAUGUACAGGACAGCCAAGAUGCACCGCUUAGAGCAGCUCUGCUCGCUCUGUUGCGGGUUCUUCCUGCAGCAGAUGCCCGCCCUGCUGGAGAAGGAGGCCUUCAGGAUCCUGGUGUUGGAGCCUCUGGAGACCCGGCCCAGAAACCCCUCCGCUUCUCUCCCAAGCCGCAGUCAGGUGGACUCAGUUCUACAGGAGAUGGAGGCCGCCCUCGCCCACCGUCUACAAUCUGUCUGAAUUUCUUCCGUAUUCUGAAGACGUUUAAAAUUCCUGGAAAUGGAACAACACAGAAAUCCCAAAGAAUUCUUCAGAAGUUGAGUUAAAAAAAAACUGAACAGAAAUGGUUUGUCGGGUUUUUAUGGAGAUGUUUCCAAAAAGCUUUGGCACGCUUCAUUCAGGUCAUAAUACUUUGUGCCUUAGAGACAUUUUUGCUCCUCAAAAGCUCAGGAAGCUUCACCAGGAUCCAGGCAGAGACUCUGCUGCCCUCUACUGGACAAAGGGAAGAAUGGUUAGUUUGACUGAAGCUGAAGUGUCAAUGAAGAAGAUAAACGAUUUAAAAAUUCACAUCUUUUCUUUAGUUUGAAAUAGUUUUAGAGAUGGUUAGAUGGACUUUGUCUAUUUAAGUAAAAUAUUAUGACUAUUUAAUGGGAAGUUCCCUUUUUAUUUAGGUUUUGUUUCUAAUAUUUAAUGUUUUUGUGUACUAACAGUUACUUAAGCUCAUCUAAUCUGCAGAAAAGCACAAAAGUUCGGUUUAAGAAGGGAUGACUGAAAUAAAGGCGGUAAAGAAAUGCA